GGCGCCGGUGGCCGCAGGACUGGAGCCCACACAGCCGAUCGGCUUCCUGCAGCUCUUCCGCUUCUCCACCUGCGGGGAGAUCGCGUGGCUCUUCUUUGGGUUCCUCAUGUGCUGCGUCAAGGCGUUGACCCUGCCCGCAGUGGUCAUCAUUUACAGCGAGCUCACAGCACCCUCUCCGCUGCCACGAACAUCACCACGCUGUCUUUUCCCUUCACGAUGGCCAACAGCAGCGGCGGCGGGUACACCAUUCCCACGGGGACCCUGAGCAUCCUUCCCAUCGCGGCGAACGCCCAGCUGCCGACCAUCACAACAACGGCCAGUGGCUACGAGCCCAAUGACGUCAUCACCACGAUCCCCGUCUCGCUCUCCAUUCAGCGCUUCCCCUCGUCCCUGUCCAUCGUGGACCUGGCCCAGGAGCAGGACGGCUACAGCAACAGUGGCUCCAGCAACGGCAUGACCGUGGGGCCGGGUGCGGGCGGCGGCGGCGGCAUCACCACCACGGCCCUCCUGACCGUGAAGCCCCUGAACGGCAGCGGCAACGGCAACAUUUCGCGGAACAACAGCUUCAGUCUGAGCUUCAACCUGCAGGACCCCACAGUGCGCUCCUCGGUGCGUUCGGCAGGAGCCCCCACAGUGGAUACAGUGGACAACUCUUCAUCCGGUGGCACGAUCGCCCUGCCCCAGAGCGGCGCCACGGCAACGGCAACGGCCACGAGUGCUACCUCAACCCUCGCCAAACACAGUCCCGAGGCCAAGACAGGAGAGGUCUAUGUCUGAGCGGAGGAACAGGACACCUAUUCCGACCCAUCCACUGGAUUAUAGCUUUCGUCGUAGGUUUAAGCACCCCCUUCCAGAACCACUGAUACGAUAUUAUCAUCUAGGAAAGAGAACAAAACAAGAGUAAUCCUCUCUUCGGAUUGUACUUACAUAUGCACACAUCAAUAUACAUACAUAUAUAGCCCACAGACGAUAUCGUAUCGUAAUGGAUCGUAUCGUACGGCACACGCGAGUCUUUCUCGAUAGUUGGACGAAUAAAUUACGAAUAAAAUCUUUACCAAGAGAAUCUCCAUUAUAUUACCCGUGCAAACAUUGGACCGUGUAAAUACUUUGGAACCCUCCCCCUAUGUGAUAUGCGA